CACACACACGCAGGAAAAAAUGGCGAUAGCGAUGGUUUGCGUCCUCGUCUAGCGCAUGCUGGUGGCCUUGGUGGUUAGGGUGACUGGUUAUGAGUAGCACUUAAGGUGAACCCACCCUUUCAUUGUAGUAGUAGGCGUUGCACCAUGGGGGGUAAGUCGGGGAACAAGAAGAAGAAGCCAAGCCCUUCUCAGGCGGCUAAGGCGGCGGAGAAGAAUGCGGCACCGGCGGCUGCUGAGCAGCCCGAAGACAAUCCGGAGAAGGUCAUCAUUGACCGUGCCCGGGCCCUCCGUGAGCAGGCAAACACCCUUUUCAAGUCCAAGGAGUACCAAAAGGCACUCGACUUUUACGACCAGGCGAUCGCUCUCCUUCCGGGGGGUCACUCGGACCGCGCGGUUCUGCACAGCAAUAAGGCUGCGGUGCUCCUGUCGCUGCAACCCCCCUCCUAUGUUGAUGCUCUAGAGGAGUGCAACAAUGCGCUAACAAUCCAGCCGCGGCACAUACGCGCGCUCCUGCGCAGGGCGCGCGCGUUUGAGGCGCUCGGGAAGUUUAAGGAGGCGCAGGCGGACCUCGACCUCCUGCUUUCGACGGAUCCUGCGAGCGAGGACGCCAAGCAGCUGCAGGAGACGGUCAAGUCGCAGAUGAACAAGCCGAAGGCGCCUCCCAGUUCCGUGGCCGGCCGUAAGAGCGCGACCUCAUCCCCUCUUUCGUCUCCGGGUGCUGAUGCUGGCCGAGCGAUGCCCUCGCUUCCAGAGCGGAAAGCGAAGCGGAAGUCGACGGAGGCGGACGGGGCCGCACCUGCGGAAGUAGCGAAGGCGCCGAAACUCAAGGCGUCGGAAGUGCCGGUUCCGAAGGAGUUGGUGGAACUGAUCCCGGAAGUGAAGGCGGCGAUCGAGGAAAACGAGCGGCUUCUGGAGGAGGAGAAACGGAAGAUUGCGGAGAACGCGGGGGCGGCCGCGGCAGCCGCGCCGCAGGAGGGGGCGAAACCGGAGGGGGGGGAAACGAAGACGGUGAAGCGGACGGUGAAGGUCGUGCGGAAGAAGAAGCUCGACCGGCCGGCCAUUCCGCUGAAGCUGGUUUACCAGGGGCACGACAUUCGGAAGACGGAGCUGCCGGCGAACGGGGGGUUGAAGACGCUGCGGGAGGUGGUGCAGAAACGGUACCCCGGGAGCAAGGCCGUUUUGGUGAAGUACCAGGACGAGGACGGGGACUGGAUCACGAUCACGAGCAACGAGGAGCUGCGGGGCGCGCUAGAGCUCUGCGGGUACGCAGGCAAAUCGGCAGACGCGAAAAAUCCGGAAGAGGGGGCGAAGAAGGGGCCGGUGAGGCUGGAGAUCACGGAGGUUCCGGAAGAGCAGGAGCCGGCGGUGGAAGAGGGAGGGGAGGAUGACGUGGCAGAUUAUGAGGAGGAAGAAGUUGAGGAAGAGAUCGAGGAGGAGGUCGCUGAGGAGGCGCCAAGUGGCGCUGCGCCGAAGGCGGAGCAGGAGGAGGGGGCGGCGAUCCAGGAGGACUUUUUGUACCACCUCUCGUUGGCGGUGAAACACAAGCUGGGCAUGACGUUGGACUACAACCCGCACGACGCGUUCCACCAGGGCCAUCAGCCCCUGCUGCAAGCCAUUGACGAAACGCUCCAGUCUGACGAGGCUGUGCCAUAUUACGAGCAGGCGGUUGCGCACUACAAGGAAGUGAUCGCGGGCGGGUACAUGCAGUGGGGCAACAUCCACAAGCUGCUGGCGGACAAGGUGCUGACGGAGGCGGGCCGCGUGGGCGACAAGCAGGAAAAGCUGAAGCUGCUGCUCAGGCGGCGCGACGAGAUCCAGAGCCAGUACAACGAGGCGCACAAGAUGUUCCAGCAGGCCAACGCCAUCGCGCCGGACCUCGUCGAGGCGACCUCUCUGCUGGUGCACAACCUGCUGGACAUGGCCAAGACGCACCUGUUGUAUGCGGAGCUGUCGGUACCGGACCUGACCCUCUGGAACAGCACACAGGUCUUCAAGCUCGUGGGCAAUGCGAUCGGCAUCCUCAGCGAGCCAAUCAGGAAAUUGGAGAUCCAGAUUGCGGAGGACGAGGAGAGUCUAGCCACCGAGGAGAAGGCGCGCAAUGCGAAGCUGGCGGAGGCGGGCGAGUCGCUGACGGAGGAGGAGAAGAAGGAACUAGACCAGCGGGUCGAGGAGCUGCGCUACUUCGUGGCGCUGGCCAAGGAGCGCCGCACGCAGCUCAAGCUGACCAUGGCGGAGAUCCUGCUGGAGCAGUCGUCGUUCGAGUACAAGACUGGAAAGCCCACGUGGGUCCAGACGCUGGAGAACGCGUGGGAGCGCUUCCGGAGCACCGAGUGCAACAUCCUAGUUGUCAUGGCCGUGCUUCUGCCGAACCACGAGUGGAUCAAGCAGCAACUAGAGAAGGCCAAAACGCCCGCGGCGCCUGCGGUUGAGGACAAGAAGGACGAAGCUGCGAAGGGCUCGGGAGAUGCUGCGCCGGGCAGCAGCGAGGGGGCGGAGGAGGGGUCGGGGGGACCUACCGAGGAGAAGCACGAGAACGGGGCGGUUGAGAAGGGGGAGGAGAAAAGUGUGCCGGAGAAAGGGGAAGAAGCGCAUGCCAACGGGGGGUUAGAGAGCUCCGAGCAGAAGGCGAAUGGAGAAGGGUCGGCGAGCAAGAAAAAGAAGAAUAAGAAGCAGGGUGCGAAGUGAGGGGCUUGUCAGGGCGGCGCUUUUGGUCGGAAAUCGAGUUGCUCGGGGGUGCUUGGUCGCCAUUCGUUUUGUCUCAGAAGUGGGCUGGUUUUCGCGGAUAGAAAGGGUCGUCGAAUUUGCUGCAGUACGUUAUGAUUGGUUCUUGAAGUUUCAACCGCAGCGUGACCUGCCGCAUCGAGGGGAAAAUAGCAUGUCUUCAGUCGGAUCCUGUUGACGAUGUCUGAGUAUACCUCAGUCAAUGUGCUUUCGUAACAAAGUUUUGCUCAAGAACUUUGGCCCAAGCUUUGAGCUAUUCAGGAUCUAGUGCACCAAGCUUCUGUGAGUCCAUGCAUGGUUGCUUGAUUGGUUGCG